AUGUACCACUGCCUUGGUGUUAGUUACGAGAUCAGGAUCCAGCACCACUCCAGCUGGACACUCGGGCCUCUGACACCUGGGCUUCCGGUCUCAGAACCAGAUCCCAUGACCGGAAAAGACAUGAAAGCUCUGGUCCGACACUCACGACAUACCAGACACUGCGACACUCACGGCAUCACCUACACUGACGAACUGAGCGGACACUCAUCUGACACUGAUCGUGCACUCACUGACACUACAGACACUCAUGUCACUGACCGACACUGGCAGACACUCACUGACAUGAUCGGCACUCCACUGACACUCACAGACACUCACUGA